AUGAUUGUCUUGGGAUUUGAAGGAAGUGCUAAUAAAUUAGGAAUUGGAAUUCUCAUUAAUAAAAAGAUUGUAACAAACGAAAGAAAAACAUUUGUUCCACCUGCGGGGGAGGGAUUUAUACCAGCUAAGACAGCUGAACAUCAUAGAUUAGAAAUUUUUAAUUUACUCCGUUUAUCUUUAGAUAAAGCUAAUAUCAAAUUGCAAGAUAUAAAUCUUAUUUGUUAUACAAAGGGUCCAGGCAUGGGGCAGGCCUUGUCUACUGUAGCUACCGUUGCGAGAGCCUUAAGUCUUACACUAAAAAUACCCAUUGUACCAGUGAAUCAUUGUAUAGCACAUAUUGAAAUGGGUAGAUUUAUUACAAAAGCAAAUAAUCCGACUGUGCUGUAUGUCAGUGGUGGUAAUACACAGAUUAUAUCUUAUAACAAAAACAAAUACAAGAUAUUCGGUGAGGCACUUGAUAAUGCUGUAGGAAAUUGUUUGGACAAGGUAGCUAGAAUACUUAAGUUGCCAAAUGAUCCUGCACCUGGUUUAAAUAUAGAACUAUAUGCUAAAAAGGGCAAAAAGUACAUUGAACUACCUUAUGUAGUUAAAGGCAUGGAUGUAUCAUUUUCAGGAAUAAUUUCUAUAAUCAAAAAUAUACAGAUUGUAGACCAACAGACAGUUUAUGAUAUAUGCUAUAGUUUACAAGAAACAGUUUUUUCUGCUUUGGUUGAGGUCACUGAAAGAGCUAUGGCAUUUAAUAAUAGUUCGGAAGUGUUGAUUGUAGGAGGCGUAGGCUGUAAUAAGAGAUUACAAGAAAUGAUGAAUAUUAUGGUUUGUGAAAGAGGAGGAAAGUUAUACGCAACUGACGAGAGAUAUUGUAUUGAUAAUGGUGCUAUGAUAGCCUUGGCUGGAUUACUAAUGCAUGAAAGUAAUCAAAAAUUUACAAUUGAAGAAUGUACCAUUACACAAAGAUACAGAACUGAUUCAGUACCUAUUACUUGGCGAACAGAUUAA